UGACAGUGACAUUAAUGUCAAAUUUUCUAAAACAAAUAUAAAUAUUCUAAUUAAUCAUUUUUACAAAAAAUGUUAUUGUUGUAAAUUUCACUUUGACAAAGAAAGUAAUGACCUAUUUGCACGUGUAUGUUGCGCAUUAGAAUACAUUUUCACACUCUGUAAUUUAUAUGUAGGUUAAUUUCAUACAAAUUUACUAUCAAAAGACUCCUCUAACAAUGGAUAUUUCGGAGCCUAAUACAAAUUCCGAACAAUUAUUAGGUAUACGCGAUAGAGAAGAACUAAGAACUGGUGCAGAAGUAGAUGUAUCUCAAAAUGAAGGACAGAACAUAAACCUGACUGAGCCGAACCAAAUUAUAAUGGGAGCCUCUAAUUCGAGCACUAACAGCACCCCAAUAGCCAGCAGGGAACCUCUAACGAGACCACAUAUAAUAGCAGUUACAUCUCGACAAAGGCGUACUGAUGAUGCGAAUUUCAACCGUCGGUUGGUCGAUCUCCGUUACGAGCUGAUGAAACGAAAAGUGGACUUCCUCAGGCUCAAACAGAAAAUGUUCCUGAAGGCUUUCCAUUUGAGAAUGAGACUCAUGCGCACCCAAUUAACGUUAGAAGAGAAAAAAUUGUCUACUUUCAGAAAAAAAUACCGACGUUAGCUUCUCUAUAUUAUUAAAUAAUAGUGCAUGUAUGUAAUAAGUUAGGUAGGAUAUAUUGUGAAGUUUUUUUUUCUAAUAAAUUAAGUAUCU